UUUAUACACAUUUAUUUCAAAACACCAUUCAAUAGACUAAAUUUUUUGCAAAUAGAUUUUAGUAUAUAAUAUUGCGACAAUUACUAUAAUGAAUCAAUAGUUUCUAAAUUGUUCGGUAGUGCAAAAAGUCAUAAUCAAAAUGGAAUCAGAGCCCGUUUAUGACUGUAAUAAAGAAGUAGCGUAUUUACGAGAAUAUUUACAAAUAGAAAGUCAACAUCCGUAUCCUGAUUAUGGUCAUUGUGUUGAUUUUCUUAUGAAACAAUCAAUACUAAUUGGCAUACCAUUAAAUAUAUAUUAUCCAUCGAAUAAGGAAAAUCCUUUAGUUAUACUCACAUGGGAGGGUCUUAUGCCGGAUUUACCAUCAAUACUGCUAAACUCUCAUAUGGACGUUGUACCUGUAUAUCCUGAUAAGUGGUCGUAUGCACCAUUCGGUGCUGAAAUGGACAAGGAAGGUAAUAUUUAUGCCCGUGGUUCGCAAAAUAUGAAAUCUGUAGGUAUGCAGUAUUUGGCCGCUGUACGAUAUCUAAAAAAUAAUGGUGCUGUAUUUAAAAGGACUAUUCAUUUAUCAUUUGUACCAGAUUCGGAAAUGGGUGGUCGUUUUGGAAUGCGUCUAUUUGCUGCUACUCCUGAAUUUCGGGCUCUUAAUAUCGGAUUUGCUUUAGAUGAGGGUAUGCCUUCGCCAACGGAAGAGAUUCCUGUAUUUUAUGGUGAACGAAAUGUUUGGCGUAUGUUAUUUAAGUUUGUUGGUACAUCCGGGCAUGGAUCGUUUUUGUUAAAGAAUACAGUUGGAGAAAAGUUUUAUAAAUUACUUAGUUUUAUAAUGGCAAUACGGGAAGAUUCAAUAGAACAGUUAAAAAAUAAUCCAGAUCUAACUCUUGGUGACGUUAUGUCUAUUAAUAUGACUCGUGCCCAUGCUGGUGUUCAAUGUAACGUCAUACCGCCCAAUAUGAUAGCCUGUUUUGAUUUCCGUUUACCUGUCGAAAUUGAUCAUAAAGAAUUUGAAAACAGAAUAAAACAAUUUUGUGAAGAUGCAGGAGGAGAUAUCGAAUUCGAAUAUGAAUACAAAGUUCCAAAGAUCUCCCCAACAGUAGCUGAUGACAGCAAUCCAUAUUGGGCAUGUUUUAAAGCUGCAAUCGAUGAAUUAGGCCUUAAAAUAAAGCCACAAAUACAUUAUGCUGCUACUGAUAGUCGUUAUCUACGUGCAUUGGGAAUAUCAGCACUGGGAUUUACACCUCUCAACAACACUACACUUCGUUUUCAUGAUAAUGAUGAAUUUGUACCUGCAAAAGUUUUUCUAAAGGGCAUUGAUAUAUAUGUAAAACUUCUAACAGAUCUUGCAAAUUUGCCAGAAAUAAUAGAGGAAGUAAAGGAAGAAGAGAAGGAAGGAGAGAAGGAAGAAGAGGAGGAAGAAGAGAAGGAAAUAAUAAAGGAAGAAUUGGUGCCAGAAAUGAAGGCAGAAGUUAAAGAAAUGAAGGAAGAAGUGAAGGAAGAAGUGAAGGAAGAAGUAAAAGAAGAAGAGAAGGAAGAAGCGAAGGAAGAAAUGAAGGAAGAAGUAAAAGAAGAAGUAAAAGAAGAAGUGAAGGAAUAA